AUGUUCAUUGAUGAAGAAUAUUAUUCCAAUGAAUCAGAGCUUGAUGAAGAUCUAUGGUGGCAAGACAACGCCCAUUCUCAUGGCUCACCUGAUAACACUUUGUAUUGGGAAUCUCAGGUCUCACUCCUUCAGGAAACAUUGGAGCGUUACCAUGUAGGAGGGUCAAAAUUGAGAGGAGAGGUUGGAAGAAUCAUAGAAGAGGUGAAGGGUUCGGAUUUCUGCAGCUGUUUGAAGGGAAAGCCUUUGGAUUGCAGCAGCUGUUUGAGAAGAGAAGUUGUGACGGAGCUCCGAGACAGAGGAUUCAGUACAAAGCUAUGCAUUUCAAAAUGGGGAACGACGAAAAAGUUUCCAGGAGGUUGUCACGAAUACAUUGAAGUGAUUGCAAAGACAUCAACAAGGAAGAAGCAGAUUCAUAUUCUGAUAGAAUUGGAAUUGAGAGAGCAGUUUCAGAUUGCAAAAGCAGGUGAAAAUUACCAGUAUCUCGUUUCGUGUUUGCCUGAGUUUUAUAUUGGAAAAGCAGACAACUUAAGUGCGAUUGUUCGAGUAAUGUGCAAUGCUGCAAAGAAAUCAAUGAAGGAGAAGAAAAUGCAUGUGGGUCCUUGGAGGAAGACUAGUUUCAUGCAAAUGAAGUGGUCUGGCUUCAAUCAAACAUAUCAUAAUAAUAAUAAUAAUAAUAAUAAAUCAUUUCAAACACAUUCAACUCGAUCUUACAUCACCAUUGCAGGAGCUCCUACACCUGUGGCAGUCACCUGAGUUGAAUUUCACUAUAAAUAUUCAAUUCCAUUUUAGUAGUACUAGGACUUCCUGCCCUACUGGAGGAGCUAUGUAUCAUUAGAUCAUUUCCAUUCAGUGUCCUUUACUUUUAGGUCCAAGAUUAUCAUGUAACGUAAUCGCCUAGCCAUAGAAUAUUAUUAUUAUAUCAUAUAUUCUCACUCUCCUCCUGUUCAUUCAUCAAUACAGUUGAGGAGAAGUGUUUAUUCCGCAAAGCAUUGGACUA